AUGAAAAAGAAGACAACUGAAAAGAAGUCAAAUAAGGCGAAGAAGACUGAUGCUGGGUCUUCGAGUACAAAGGUUCAGUCAUCAAAGAGUACGAAGCAGGUUCCUGUGAUCGAACCUGAGCCAAUUCAUCCGGAGCCUAUUAGUCCUGAUACCCAGGUAACUGAGAAGGAAGUCAUUCCUUCAAAGACUGGUGUAUUGAGACGAAUCAAGAUGAAGUUGAAGCACAAGCAUCGAUCAUCUAGUACGAAUGUUUUUCGUAAACCCCAAGUUUCUCAUCAAGAGAAGAAAAAGCAAAGGGUGAUUCUUACCUCAAAAUCUACUGCAGAAGAGGGUGAAACUAUUCCCAAGACACCUGAGACGGUUUUGAUUAAAGAUUCUUCUCAUGUGGAUACAUCUGUUAUUACACCACCCGAAGUUUCGAUUGCCAAGACAGUUACUGUAGAGGCUCAAACUUCAGGCAUCUCUGUAAACAUAUCUGAUAUGGAUACACAUGUCAUCAUGGGUGAGGACGAUUCGAAUAAAGCAACAAAAGGUACCCCUUCGAAUGUGAUUUCGGAAUCUUUCAUUUCUUUACCUUCAUAG